GCAGCUAGAGCAGCUAGAGCAGCUCACGCAACAAGACAACCCCUUCUCCAAUCAAGUGGCAUCGCCUUUUGAACCCGACACCUUUGGCUUCCAACCUGAAACCUCAAUUGGAGAAAAUCAAGAUUGGCACAUGGUCUCGGGGCUACAACUCCUCACAGCUGAGAGACACUGGGAUGAAUAUAUGCGAGAGCAAGAUAUGCGUUUUCAGAAGGCUGAACAGAUAAAUAAGAGAUUGCAGGACCUGGAGGCGAUAUUAGGGUUAUUGCCGGACAUCAAAUCGGGGUUCGUCAGGCUGAGAAAGGAUUUGUCGGACGGAACGAUUACAUUGUCUCCUUGACCGGGCUGUCAGUAGCUUUAUCUAGCCACCCAAAUUGAGCAUACCCAAAUUGAGCAUACCAGUCCCUUG